GCUUUUAUUUUGAAACGUUGAGCGGAAAUGACGCCAUCCUCUUUAAUCCCGAUCCGCCGAACCUGCCGCCAGAGCCACGCGAACCGCACCGAACCUCGGACUUUCUCUGGGAACCAUGGGGCCGACAGGUGAAGUGGUGUUUGGCAGCCCGGUACCGGUCUGCGCCCAGAACCGGCUGCGCUGGGACCUGAGCCCCGAGCGGAUCCGGCAGCUGACCGACGAGCUCAUGGGCAGAACCAAGAAGGUGUACGACGGCGUGGGCGCGCUGGACCCGGACGCCGUCACCGUGGAGAACACGCUGAAGGCGCUGGCGGACGUGGAGGUGGACUACACAGUCCAGAGGAACAUGCUGGACUUCCCUCAGCACGUGUCUCCCUGCAAGGAGGUGCGCGCGGCGAGCACCGAGGCCGACAAGCGUCUGUCUGAGUUCGACGUGGAGAUGAGCAUGAGGGAGGACGUCUACCAGAGGGUGGUGGCCCUGCAGAAGAAGACGGACGCUGAGGGCAUGGCUCCGGAGGCCCGGCGCUACAUGGAGCGGCUGAUCCAGUUGGGCCGCCGCAACGGGCUGCACCUGCCCACGGAGACCCAGCAGGAGGUGAAGAGCAUCAAGAAGCAGCUGAGCAACCUCUGCAUCGACUUCAACAAGAACCUGAACGAGGACACCACCAGCCUGUCCUUCACCAGAGACCAGCUGGGAGGCCUUCCAGAGGACUUCCUGGGCUCGCUGGAGAAGGACGGCGAGCAGCUGAAGAUCACGCUGAAGUACCCUCACUACUUCCCCACCAUGAAGAAGUGCUUCGUCCCAGAAACCCGCAGGAAGCUGGAGGAGGCCUUCAACUCCCGCUGCCAGCAGGAGAACUCGGGGAUCCUGAAGGAGCUGGUGAAGCUCCGGGCUCAGAAGAGCUCCCUGCUGGGCUUCAGCACGCACGCCGACUUCGUCCUGGAGAUGAACAUGGCCAAGUCCGGCAAGAAGGUGGCCGGCUUCCUGGAGGAGCUGGCCCGGAAGCUGAAGCCUCUGGGCGAGGAGGAGCGGGCGGUGCUCCUGCAGCUGAAGCAGAAGGAGUGUGAGAGGAGAGGCCUCCCCUUCGACGGGCAGCUGCACGCCUGGGACACGCGCUACUUCAUGACCCAGGUGGAGGAGACCCAGUACGCCGUGGACCAGAACCUGCUGAAGGAGUUCUUCCCCAUGGAGGUGGUGACCCGCGGCCUGCUGGACAUCUACCAGGAGCUGCUGGGCCUGAGCUUCCAGCUGGUGGACGGCGCGUCCGUCUGGCACCCCGACGUCACCCUGUACAGCGUGAAGGACCGUGACAGCGGGCAGGUGGUGGGCCAGUUCUACCUGGACCUGCACCCCAGGGAGGGGAAGUACGGCCACGCCGCCUGCUUCGGCCUGCAGCCCGGCUGCCUGCUGCCCGACGGCUCGCGCCAGAUGUCGGUGGCGGCCAUGGUGGCCAACUUCAGCAAGCCCACGGCGGACGCGCCGUCGCUGCUGCAGCACGACGAGGUGGAGACCUACUUCCACGAGUUCGGCCACGUCAUGCACCAGCUCUGCGCCCAGGCGGACUACGCCAUGUUCAGCGGAACGCACGUGGAGCGGGACUUUGUGGAGGCGCCGUCUCAGAUGCUGGAGAACUGGGUGUGGGAGAAGGAGCCGCUGCAGAGGAUGUCCAAGCACUACAGAACCGGAAAGCCCAUCCCAGAAGACCUGCUGGACAAACUCAUCAAGUCCCGGCUCGCCAACACCGGUCUCUUCAACCUGCGGCAGAUCGUUCUGGCCAAGGUGGACCAGGCCCUGCACACCAGAACCGGGCUGGACCCUGCAGAGGAGUACGGCCGCCUCUGCCAGGAGGUCCUGGGGAUCCCCGCGUCAAAAGGAACCAACAUGCCGGCCACCUUCGGACACCUGGCGGGCGGCUACGACGCUCAGUACUACGGCUACCUGUGGAGCGAGGUGUUCUCCAUGGACAUGUUCUACGCACGCUUCAAGCAGGAGGGCAUCAUGAACCCCAAGGUGGGUCUGGACUACAGGAAGUUCAUCCUGCAGCCCGGCGGCUCCCAGGACGCCUCAGAGAUGCUGAGGAAGUUCCUGGGGCGGGAACCCAAACAGGAAGCCUUCCUGCUGAGCAAAGGCCUGACGCUGGAGCUGGGCGCCAGCACGCCAUGUCCCUGCUGACCAAUCAGAGCCGCCCCAGUCUGGACUUUGGACUGAAGUUUUCUAGAAAAAUCCUGUAAAUGUUCCAGACGUGGACCUGAGAAUAAACAGAUUUGACGUGA